AUGGACAAACUCAAGAAGAUCUUUAACAAGGACAAGGGCGACCAAGCCGGCAGCGCCAGCAGCAGCACUGCUCCCAAGUCGGGCGGAAACCCAGACGGUGCCAAGGGUGUCAUCUUGCACACCUCACUAGGCGAUAUCACCAUUGAUCUCUAUGAAAAGGAGACUCCACGUACCUGCAAGAACUUCGCCACCCUCGCAGCUACGGGCAAGUAUGACAAUGUCAUCUUCCACCGCAUCAUAUCUGGAUUCAUGAUCCAGGGAGGCGAUCCGACCGGCACAGGCAGAGGAGGUUCAUCGAUCUAUGGCGACAAAUUCGAAGACGAGUUCGUUGCACACCUCAAACAUACUGGAAAGGGAACCCUUUCGAUGGCAAACUCAGGACCAGGCACGAAUGGUUCGCAGUUCUUCAUCACGCUUGGUCCUACGCCCCACUUAGACGGCAAACAUACCGUCUUUGGAAAGGUCAGCAGUGGCAUGGAUGUUGUCGACAAGCUUGGAUCCGUUGCUGUGGACGGUAAUGACAGACCCAAGUCCGAAGUAAAGAUCAUCAGCGCAACCGCCAUCCAGUGA